AUGCUCAAUGCCAGCCAAUUCGCUUCAAUGGCCAACGCUGCUUACUCAAUCAAUAUCCUUUCCUCUUUUCUCUCAAAUGAGGAGAUCAGAGAUGUGAACGGUCUCAACCAGUUCUUCCGUUCUCUCCCGGACCCUGCUGCCCCGAGCAAAGUAGAAGAGCACCAAGCAACCGAUGUUAUUGUCUUUUGUGCCUCUUCUGUUUUGUCACUUGCGGAUGUAGUUUUCUCAGCUGUGACUACGAAUGGUUUGAGUUCAAAAGAACAAAUUUCCAAAGAGGGAAGAAACACAGUUCUGGUCUUGUGUGGUGGCAUCGGUCACUCGACGCCAUUUCUCUAUGAAGCGAUCAGCAACCAUCCGGUCUACGGCGUGCUUGCCGAUGAAGUGCAAGGAAAGGCUGAAUCGCGUGUACUGCAGCUCAUAGCUGAGCGCUGGUACGGAGUCCAGACCCAUGACGUCGGAACUGUGGAAGCAACAAUUCAGCCAAAUGAUACGAACAAAUUUUUGGUUGUAGUCGAAGACCGCUCUACAAAUUGUGGAGGGAAUGCAGCCGAGUCAAAACGAGUCCUCGAGGCCUGUGGAGUCUACUGUCCGAGGUCCAUUGUCAUAGUGCAAGACCCGACGAUGUCAAGGCGAACGGUGGCCACCUUCCAAAGGGCAUACGAUGGAGAAAGUGAUGUGCUACCCCAGAUGAAGAGCUGGCCCACAUUCACCCCCAAAGUAAAAUUCAUCGACAACUCGAAGGGCCUUGUUGACAAGGAUGUCAUGGCUCAACUUGUAUUUGAUGACGAGGGGUGCGCCCAUAAGACGUCAGGUGGCAUGUGGAGCAUACGCCGAUUUGUUGAUUUACUUAUGGGGGAGAUUCCUCGCCUCAGGGAUGACGGAGAAGGCUAUGGGCCAAAGGGGAAAGAUUUUGUAGUCCAUGUGGAUAUCCCAGAGAGUGUCGAUGCUGCCUGGGCCAUGCUUUACAGCCUUGUCGGAAAACAGAGCAGGAGCUGA